UAUGUAAAAUCAACAACUACCAAGUGGGUUUUAAACCAAAAGCAUAGGGUUCGUCUAGGUUUUUUACAGUGUAAAAAUCUUGAAAUUUGAUGUCACAUUACAAAAGCAUUAAAAUAAACUGAUUUCAAUUUUCAACUGCUCUUAUUCUAAUCCUAAUUCCAAUAAUAACCGACUUAAUAAAUUUAAUACUAAAAUGUAUAGUAGAGAACCUAUCAGUUGAUUAAAAUCAUAAACUUCAGGAUGCUGCUUAAAUAACAGAAAUACCACAUUAGCACAAAAUAAGUUAAUCGCUUUUGAAAAACGCAUAAUGUCUUUGUAGAGUCAUUUAUCUAGAUUUUUAAGAAGGGAACUUCUUUAUAGUCAUUUUAAUUUAAUAGGUUGGAUAUUUCUGAAUAACAGAAGCUGAUUGGUUUGAAAAGAAUACUAUCUUAAAUAAUUUUUGCAUUGUCUGUUAAAACACCUUCGAUAUAAAUGCUGGAUAUAUUUUUUGACAGACAUAUUGAUUACUACACUGGAAUUGAAAUGGUUUAUCUGACGGCAGCAAACUUAAUAUAGAAUGAUAACAAAAAA